AAUUCUUGAAGUCGUUUCGUCUUUAGGAGCAAAUUAAAAUGUCAAAACAAUAAUGGCUGGGUCUGGCUGAAUAUUCGGUUAGCUUUUGCACUGUUGUUGAAAUUUCAUUAAAAGUUGUACUGAAACUUGUGUAAAAAUAUUUUUACUGAAACUAUUUCAUCGAGUAAUUAAUUUUAUAGCUAUAUCUGUCUAGUAACUGUGGCAUACAAUGUUUCUAUUUGAUGGCAAAUAUAAGUUGUUUUACAAGACACUAUUCUCAAUGUUUGCCUCUUUUUUGAACUUAUAAGAGUUAGUGAUUGCAUAAGAUGCCCGGUUCAUUUAAAAUAUAAAUAUGAUUUACUUCAAUGUUACUAAUAUUAGUCUGGUGUUAAGAACAUGCUUGAAAUUAAAUCACGCGUCAAAAAAGCAUAGCUUUAAUAUAAAUUUCCAAACACUUUUUGGUUAUGCUCCAAUAUGUAGUCGUCUUAUCCACACUUCAAAAACUAACGGGCAGACGCAAAAGGAUGGGAUCACACUUCUGCCAUCGCCGCAGGAGGUGACACUAAUUCUUCGUAAAAAUGAGUUCAACAAAGAAUUUGCCUCGGGAUCCGUCAAGUCAUAUGAUUCUAAUCAGCUGGCCUCAAAUGAUCCCAUUGAAGAUACAAGAAGUGAAGGGCAGUGCAAGCUAACACCAGGUAUAUUGAUGGGUGUGUUUGAUGGACAUGGUGGUCCGGCUUGUGCUCAAGUUGUAUCUAAAAGGCUGUUAGAUUAUGUUGCAGCAGCCAUGCUUCCUACGGACAUAAUUAAUACAAUUCUUAGGGAGCCACAAGGUGCUUUAGUGGACACAUACAAUGAUAAAAUAGAACUUAUAAAUGAUCUUAAAACAAUAUAUGACAACAGCUUCAAAGAGUUUUUAUUGGAGCUGGCAAGAACACCAAGAGACGAAUUGAAUGUGAACACAGCAAUGGAGAAAGGAAUCUUACAGUUAGACAAUGAUCUAUCUAGAGAAGUUAUUGAACCAUUUUAUAGUAAUGGUGUAAUAAACCAGAAGACAUUAUCUGUGGCUCUGUCAGGGGCAGUGGUCUGCGUAUCAUAUAUUAAUGGACCUCAUUUAUACGUAGCCAAUAUUGGAGAUUGUAACGCUGUGUUGGGUACAUUGACGGAUGAUAAUGAAUGGUUAGCAAAGAAGAUUACCAAAGAACACAAUUCAGAAAAUUUUGAUGAAUUGAAACGAAUAUGGAAUGAACAUCCUGACGAUGAAAGGAAGACAGUGAUUAGACGGGAUAGACUGCUCGGCGAACUAGCUCCACUCAGAAGUAUGGGUGAUUAUCGUUACAAAUGGUCUACUGAGCUUCUGUCUAAAGUAGCAGUGCCAUCUGUAGGGGAUAAAGCGAUACCUGCGAAUUAUCACACCCCUCCAUAUCUUACAGCUAAGCCGGAUAUUUUCUAUCACAGACUGUCACCGAAGGAUAAAUUCCUAAUUAUAGCUUCGGAUGGCUUAUGGGACAUGUUAACUCCCCUGCAGGCUGUUAAACUAGUCGGUGAACAUAUGAAAGGAAAAGUGUUUUACAAUCCGCUAAAAUUGCCCAAGAAGAAUAUACAGCUAGGAGAUAUUAACGAACUACUUCUUCAUAGGAAAGAGAGUUUGAAGAGUAAGCCGAAGGAUAGGAAUGCGGCUACACAUUUAAUAAGGCAUGCAAUUGGUGGGACCGAGUAUGGCAUAGAUCAUUCUAGACUUGCCCAUCUUCUCAGCUUGACACCUGAUGUCAGUCGAAUGUUUAGGGAUGACAUUACGGUCACUAUUGCAUAUUUUGAUUCGGAAUUUCUUAGACAGUGUCCAGCUUAAAAAAGAAAGACUAGAAAACAUUGUGCCUUGUAUUUAUUUUUGAUACUGCAAUAACUGAGGAAACAUUUAUAAACAUAAG